AUGUGUAUUUUUUCGCUUCAAGACGCAAUAUCAGGAGUUGUAUCAAAAGAAAAGAGAAUUUAUCAGGAGAUUCUAAAUGGAGCUUUGGAUCGUGUGCGUCACAUUCUAGAAAACGAAGGUCUUGCACCAACGGACAAAAUAACCAAUAAUGGCAACACAGCACUCCAUGUAGCAGUGAGUUAUUCAACCAAGAAUCAUGAAAUAUUAGAACAUUUGUUAGCAAUGGUACCAGGAGAAAACACACUAUUGGAUUUGGUAAAUGCAGACGGAAGUACACUACUUCAUGUAGCUGCUAUUGCCGGCAACACUGAAGCUGCUAACAUGUUGUUGGAAAGAAACCUAGACUUUGUAUUGGUCAAGGACAAGGAAGGUCACACACCACUAGCCGUAUCCCUUUUUAAUAUGCAUACCAAUACUUCUCGGUGUGUGUUGAAGCACAUUGAAAAUGAGAUAAAUAAGUAUUCCACAUACACUAAGUAUCAAGAAACUCUGUUUUCUGGCACAAGUGGUGAUGAGCAUUUAGUUCUAGCUAUUUCUUCCAAAGAAUUUGGCGUAGCAUGGGAUAUGUUGACAUAUUACAAAACCAUAGAUAGUGAAGCUCUGCUUAUGGCUAUAGCUCAAAACUACCCAAAUGAACCGGAAAGGAGAGGAUGGCCAUUCACUAAAGAGAGAGUUGAUGUAGAUUAUAAAGCAAACAACCUACUAUGGAGAGUAUGUGAAAAAAUACAAGGCACCAGCAAUAGUAAUCACUGUUACACUAAUCCUGUGUUUGAAGCCACAAGACUAAAUGCAUUCGAGGUUGUUGAAACUAUUGUAAAAUUUUUCCCAAAUACAAUUUGGAGUACCAAUGAAGAUGGUCACAACUUUAUGCAAUAUGCUGUGAUAAAUCGUUCGGAAAAGAUUUAUAACCUGUUGUACCAAAUGAGCGAACAUAAGAAUAUCUAUAAAACAAUCAGAGACUCUUCUGGAAAUAACCUCUUGCAUUUGGCUGCAAGAUUGGCACCUUCAAACAAAUUAAACCUUAUAUCAGGUGCAGCUUUGCAGUUACAGCGGGAACUCCAAUGGUUUACGGAAGUACAAGGAUUUGUAACCUCCUUGAACAAGAUUCAAAAGAACUCUUCUGAUGAAACACCUGAUAUGGUAUUUACUAGCCAGCACAAGGACUUGGUGAUUGAGGGAGAAAAAUGGAUGAAAGAAACUGCAAAUUCAUACACAAUUACAGCUGCUCUCAUAACCACAAUUGUGUUUGCAGCUGCUAUUACAGUUCCCGGGGGAAACAAGGAUUCAGGGUUACCAAUGUUUUCCAGCAAGGCGGCUUUCACAAUAUUUGCAAUAUCAGAUGCCAUAUCAUUAUUCACGUCUGUUACGUCAUUGUUAAUGUUUUUAUCCAUCCUCACCACACGUUUUGCUGAACAAGACUUUCUCUUCAAGUUGCCUAAAAGGUUGAUAAUUGGUCUUGCGACCUUGUUCGUCUCUACGACGGCAAUGAUCAUAGCUUUUGGUGCAACAUUACUCCUUGUGUUUGGACAAGGAAACUCAUGGAUUCUUCUUCCAAUAGGUGCGUUGACAUGCUUACCAAUUACUUCUUUUGUGACGUUGCAGUUUCCUCUUAUUGCAGACUUGAUGAGUGCGACAUAUGGUCAUAGUAUAUUUGUUAAAAGUAAAUCUGAUUCCACCAAUUACUUCUACUAA